AUGAUAUUUAUCAGGAAGAAGUUCCAGCAGGCUGAUGGAUGCACUGAUUGGUCUGUGGAUAUCAAGAAAUAUCAAGUUUUAGUGGGAGAGCCUGUUCGAAUCAAGUGUGCAUUAUUUUAUGGCUAUAUCAGAGCAAAUUACUCCCUUGCCCAAAGUGCUGGACUUAGUUUGAUGUGGUAUAAAAGCUCUGGACCAGGAGACUUUGAAGAGCCAAUAGCAUUUGAUGGAACUAGAAUGAGCAAAGAAGAAGAUUCUAUUUGGUUCCGGCCAACGUUAGUACAGGACAGUGGUCUUUAUGCAUGUGUCAUCAGAAAUUCCACAUAUUGUAUGAAAGUGUCCAUUUCACUGACUGUGGGUGAAAAUGACACUGGACUCUGCUACAAUUCAAAGAUGAAGUACUUUGAAAAAGCUGAGCUUAGCAAAAGUAAGGAAAUCUCAUGCCGGGACAUAGAGGAUUUUCUAAUACCAUACAGAGAGCCUGAAAUCCUGUGGUAUAAGGAAUGCAGGACAAAAACAUGGAGGCCAAGUAUUGUGUUCAAAAGGAACAUUCUACUUAUACGAGAGGUUAGAGAAGAUGACAUUGGAAACUACACAUGUGAGCUAAAAUAUGGAGGCUUUGUUGUUAGAAGAACCACUGAACUCACUGUGACAGCUCCACUGACAGAUAAACCACCAAAACUUUUGUACCCAUUGGAAAGCAAACUGACAAUUCAGGAGACCCAGUUAGGCAAUUUGGCUAAUCUAACCUGCCGAGCAUUCUUUGGAUAUAGUGGAGAUGUCAGUCCUUUAAUUUACUGGAUGAAAGGAGAGAAGUUUAUUGAAGAUCUUGAUGAAAAUCGGGUCUGGGAAAGUGACAUUAGGAUUCUUAAGGAACAUCUUGGGGAGCAAGAAGUUUCCAUCUCAUUAAUUGUUGACUCUGUAGAGGAAGGAGAUUUGGGAAAUUACUCUUGUUAUGUUGAAAAUGGAAAUGGACGCAGGCACGCCAGUGUUCUCCUUCAUAAACGAGAACUGAUGUAUACAGUUGAACUUGCUGGUGGGUUGGGUGCCAUUCUGCUGCUGCUUGUAUGUUUGGUGACAAUCUACAAGUGUUAUAAGAUUGAUAUCAUGCUCUUCUAUCGGAAUCAUUUUGGAGCAGAAGAAAUUGAUGGAGACAACAAAGAUUAUGAUGCAUAUUUAUCAUACACCAAAGUGGACCCUGACCAGUGGAAUCAAGAAACUGGGGAAGAAGAAAGAUUUGCCCUUGAAAUUCUGCCUGAUAUGCUAGAAAAACAUUAUGGGUACAAAUUGUUCAUUCCAGACAGAGAUUUGAUCCCUACCGGAACAUACAUUGAAGAUGUGGCAAGAUGUGUGGAUCAAAGUAAGCGGCUGAUUAUAGUUAUGACUCCUAAUUAUGUGGUAAGAAGAGGCUGGAGUAUCUUUGAACUGGAGACCCGACUUCGAAACAUGCUAGUCACAGGAGAAAUUAAAGUGAUAUUAAUAGAAUGUAGUGAACUCCGAGGAAUCAUGAAUUACCAGGAGGUGGAAGCUCUAAAGCACACCAUUAAACUCCUGACGGUUAUUAAAUGGCAUGGACCAAAAUGCAACAAGUUGAAUUCGAAAUUCUGGAAACGUUUACAAUACGAAAUGCCUUUUAAGAGGAUAGAACCCAUUACCCAUGAGCAGGUAUUAGAUGUCAGUGAGCAAGGGCCCUUCGGGGAGCUGCAGACUGUCUCAGCGAUUUCCAUGGCUGCCGCCACCUCCACCGCACUUGCCACUGCCCAUCCAGAUCUGCGUUCCACGUUUCACAACACGUACCAUUCACAAAUGCGUCAGAAACACUAUUAUAGAAGCUACGAAUACGAUGUACCUCCUACUGGCACCCUGCCUCUUACCUCAAUAGGUAACCAGCAUACCUACUGUAACAUCCCUAUGACACUUAUCAACGGACAGCGGCCGCAGACAAAAUCCAGCAGGGAGCAGAACCCAGACGAGGCCCACACAAACAGUGCAAUACUGCCGCUCUUACCACGGGAGACCAGUAUAUCCAGUGUGAUUUGGUGA